GCCCAGAAACAGUUCGGAGCAGAAUUCCGCGAAGAAAGGUGCAGUGAAAAUGGCGUUAUGGCGCUAUGUUGCGUGCGUGCUUCUGUCGCUGGCUGCUCUGUCACACGCUGAAACUGUGCAGCACGGCAAGCUACGAAUCACAACGUCCAAACCCGAAGGAGUCUACUGUCAGACUAUCUUCUUCCCGACAGCCUUCACGGGCUUGGAUCAAGUUCGCAUCUUCUUGUCUGUCAAUCAUGGUGACACCAACUCGUCAAAUGUCCAUGACGUCACGUUCCCUUGGGUAGAGCUUCCGACUGCAAGGAACUUCAAAGCGUGUAUGCUAGAAACCGGGGAAGGGUCACAUGGUAACGCUACAAUUGAUUGGCUCGCUAUGCAAGGGGCCAGCCCCACAAUGCAACAGGGGAGUAUUGUGCUAAACGCGUGGACAACUGGAACCCAAUGCGCCACGGUCACACUUCCAAAGCCGUUUAGUCACAGUUCCCCAAAAGUGCUGGUGUCUGCGCGUCACGCGGUGUUGGAUCGUAAACAGGACGCGGCGGCGGUCUGGACUGAGGGAAGAGAUAAUAGAUCUUUCCGUGUUUGUAUGCGCGAGGCCAGCCUUUUCAGCGGAGGGCACAAACGCAUUUCUGUGGACUGGGUCGCGUUUGAGGGGUUGCCGGGAGAGACUAACAUAACAGAAACCGACAAAAUUACCUUCGCAAGUGGCCGACUUCCCACAGAACAAGACAACUACGCUUCCUGCAAGUUAAUACCGCUGACCUAUCCGUAUUACACCCCUCCUGUGGUUAUCCUGAGUGCUAAUGGUGACGCGAGCACUCUUCCGUCUGACAAGUAUGCGUUGUCUGCCUGGGUGGAGGGGUUGACGACCAAGUCCUUCAAGGCCUGCACCAAGGAACUGAUCAGCCCUAACAGCGCCACUCAAGAGGUUACAAUAGAGUAUGUAGUGGUAGGAGAUAUCCAUCCCUGUCUGAACGUGACCUGCGAGUACUUCGCUGAGUGCGAGGCGUUUGCCGCUGAUGACGCGCAGUGUGUCUGCCCCAGCAAGUGUCCCGCGUACAUUGAUCAAGUCUGCGGGACCAAUGGCCAGACUUUCGACAAUCUUUGCCUUUUCAAAAAACAUGUUUGCAGAAUCAAGGGAAACUUUUCUUAUUUCCACCAUGGAAGUUGUAGAGGCUUCCCAGUACAACAAGGCAGUCGGUCUCUGCACCGCGCGCCGCACUCUCACCUAGUCUGCGAGACGAUCAACUUCACGCCCUACACCUUCUACCCUGACAAGGACGUCAACGUUAUAGCAACCGUCAAUCAUUACAACAGCUCGGACUCAGGCCCAGUGAUGGACGCCCCGGCAGUGUGGGUGGAGGAUGUCAUUCAGAAUAACUUCACCGUGUGCACCAUGUUCGCGGGUCGGUACGAGAGGCCGGGGUCAAAUGAGGCGAGCGUUGAUUGGCUGGCUUAUCAGGGCUCGCCCCAGGACGCGGUGACUGGGGCAGAGAGCUUCUCUAGAUGGUGGACUGGUACUAGCUGUAAACACGUGACACUGCCAGCGGGAGCACUAGCUUCUGUACCCACCGUAUUAGCCACCGUCCAUCACACACAUCGCAGGCUCAAGCGUGACGCGGCAAUGGCCUGGGUCGAGGAUGUCAGUACUUCCGGUUUUGAGUUGUGUCUCCGUGAGUUGCAGAAUUUUGACGGAGUGCACCAAGAUAUUACUGCGAGCUGGAUGGCAUUUGACAAUUUGCACAGACCGCUGUUUAAGGAACACGGGCUCAUCCAUUUCAGCAACAGACAGCCACCAUCAAAACGAGACAACUACGCCUUUUGUAAGCAUCGCCAGUUCAGCAGGUCGUAUAGUCACGUGCCCUCUGUCCUACUCACUCCAACCAUUGCCACAAAAGGCAAACCGAGUGUCGGAUCGGUGGCCUGGGUCGAGCAAGUGAACGCGACUGGCGCCAAAGUCUGCGUGAAGCAAGUGUACGACAGCGGCUACUUACCACUCACCGUAAACUACGCCGUACUCUCGGAUGUUUGUGGCUCUGGGUGGAGAUACUAUAAGGGCUAUUGCUAUAAAACAAGCAAUACCUGUCUGACUUGGAAACGGGCGGAGAGCGCAUGCGCAGUCAUGAGCUCAGGACUGGUCAGCGUCCACAACCACGAGGAAAACGUCUUCAUUCAGCAGCAGCACAAUGGCGAGAAGUCCUGGGUUGGGUUGAGUGACGUCACUACUGAGGGGCAGUUUGUUUGGGCCGACGGAUCACCGACGAACUUCACAAACUGGGCGCCGAACCAACCGAACGACUACAAGAACCAGGAUUGUGUGCACACGCUCGGGGUAAAUUAUGGGUACAAGUGGAACGACGUGCCUUGUACAGCCUGCCACAAUUACACAUGCAAACGAGACUACAACGAGUGUUCCGAGGGAACGGACGGGUGCGACCACACCCUAGCCACGUGUGUCAAUACGCCCGGCUCGUACGCAUGCGUGUGUCCUGCAGGAUACACGGUCAGCGGAUAUCAAUGCAAUGACGUCAACGAGUGCGGGGCCUCGGACCGAUGUCACGUGAAUGCCACGUGCACGAAUACAAUUGGCUCAUACAUAUGUGCAUGCAAGCCUGGAUUUACCGGAAAUGGGUUCAACUGCACGGAUGUUGAUGAAUGCACCAUGGGAACGCAUAGUUGCCAUGCCAACGCACAAUGUGAUAACACUAUUGGCUCGUACACAUGUCGCUGCAACAAUGGUCACCAAGGAAAUGGACAGAGCUGUUCAGAUAUCGAUGAGUGCGGUGCUGGGUCACACGGUUGCCAUGCCAACGCUCGUUGCAUCAACACACCGGGGUCGUACAUCUGCAGAUGUGUUGUUGGAUAUGGUGAUGGGAAAACGUGUAGAGUCGAGGCUUGUUCUAAAUUUGCUCUUAGCGCAUUUACUACAGACAAUAUCUACACAGUCUCUACACAAGGCUUCACUUUCCAGGUCUACUGCGACAUCACAAGUGACAGACGAGGAUGGACACUUGCAGCUCGCUUCUCCAACAACGACGGCAAAAACUGGAUGCGAGACGACGGUCUCUGGUGGUACGACCUGCGGUUUGCAGUAGGUGACGUCACAAACCCAUCGACCAAUAGCGACAUGAUCUCGCCAGCCUUCUGGCUACUCAGGGGCAAAAAGUUCAAGUUGACACGUAGCGAUGAUUCCUCUCACACCGCUCUGCUCACCACAACUACAAACUGCAUAGGAGGCCAGACGUUUAGAGACAUGAUAACGGGAUACGGAAAUUUCAGGAAUGGCACAAUCUGGGCGAAAGAUAUGUGUCGUGGUAGCUGCCCGGUGCAGUAUGGCGGGUGGUACACAAGUACCGAAGGCUUUUCGCAGCAUUCCUGCAGCAGCAACAUACAGAGCAGUAACAACAUCGGGCUUUGGUGUAACUGGGACGCUGGGGAUGGCACAGUGAUGAUGAUCGGUGGCGGGGGGCCGGGAUGUAGCAGGGCAGAUCAUGGCGUUGGUGCGACUGAAAGAGAUCAAGGUGGCUCGUUUGUGGAUGCAGGAACAGGCGAAAUGGACUUUAGCAAUGAGGUAAUGUAUGGUGCACCUCAGACCUCCUACUCUCUGAAUCUUUGGAUUGAAGAGUGAAAAGACGCCCGAGUGAUAUCCCUCUGUCAUUAUACAAGUACGCAUGAACUGAUAGUCUCUAGUUUUGUAAAUAAUUUUUUUUGAAUCUGAUAAAAAGAGAUAACAUGGCAACAUAAACAUGAAGUUAUACUUUUACGUGUGAUUUUUUUUAUACUCAUAGGCGUUCUCAAAAUUUCGUACUCGCCUUGAUUUGUAUCUUAUUUUAUUAUUUCUUUAUUAUGAUAUUUCUAGAAUAAGAUAGGCGGCCUAAGGGCUUACAUAGCAUUUUCAUAGGGCUAUGAAAUUUCUAAUGAUGAAAUACCGACCUAUGAAAUAUGAUUAACUUGACACACUAUGAAUAUGAUUUACUUGACACACUAUGAAAUAACCCUCUACUGUGAAGUAUGAAAUUCAAAACACAAGUAAUAUAUGGCAGGCCCGUACCAAGGGUGGUCACUCGAAUAUGUCAUAAAUCUAUAAAUCAGACUUUUUUGUAGCCAAAUCCGACAAUAAACCCGUCACGUGGAAAUACUGCAAUGGCAUAAAAAAAUCCCUUUGGGGGGGGGGGGUGAUCAGAUGUUUAUCACAAAACUCCCCCCUCCCCGGAAAAAUUAGGUCCCCCCCCCGCCCGAAGGAAAAUUCCUGGGUACGUGUAUAGUAUGGAAUAAAGUUACACUAUGAUAUACCUAUGAAAUAUGAUUGACUUGACACACUAUUAAAUAACCCUCUACUGUGAAGUAUGAAAUUCAAAACAUAUAUAUGGAUUAGUAUAAAAUACUAAGUUACACUAUGUUAUGCA